AUGCUUCCAUUUCAGCUCUCUUCAGAGUGCCAACUACGGCAGACUGAGCUGCUUGGAUCUGUCGAGAUGGUGUCCGGCGGUGCAGACGGCGCAACCUCGAGGCCCGGAGGAGUGGGAGGACGUGGCCGACCGACGCGGUCACCGGAAGCUGAAAAAAAAGGUAAAAAGUCAACAAGAAUCUCCUCUGGAGCCGCAGCAUCAAACGUGACACGAUCUAAAGGCUCAGCUACAGCAGUCCAAGGACACGAAGGCCAGGAGCCAGGCUCUACGGGAUUCGAUCAGAGUGGGCAAUCCAGCAUGCCAAACGUAACCGGGGCAGUUGAUUCGUCAUCAGGUGAGGCCAUGUGCCAUGUACAGGUCACUAUUGAGAAGUGUGUUAACUCGAUCACUAAGGCCAUAUUGUAUGAGUAA